AGUCACUGUAACGUAAAAAGUGCAGUUAUCUGGUGCAAAUCAAUGCGAGACAUACACGCGUGUUAACAGAUAAGGAAUACAAAAAGAAUACAAAAAAGAAACAACCAUCAUGGCGAAUUUACCAACUGCGAUUAAAAAUCCGGAAAUAAAGUACACUCAGAUUUUGAUCAACAAUGAAUGGGUGAACUCAGUUUCUGGAAGAACAUUUCCGACGAUAAAUCCGGCGACGGCACAGAAAAUUAUCGACGUACAGGAAGGUGAUAAGGCUGAUGUCGACAAAGCAGUAGCUGCAGCUAAAGAAGCCUUUAAACUAGGAUCACCAUGGCGACGGAUGGACGCUAGUCAGAGAGGUCGGCUUCUUUACAAAUAUGCGGACCUUAUAGAGAGAGACAUUGCCUAUCUCGCGAGUUUGGAAACACUAGAUAAUGGUAAACCAUUUAAAAGCUCCGUCGGUGACAUGAAGUUCGCUAUUAAGGUUGUCCGAUAUUACGCCGGAUGGUCGGACAAAAACCAGGGCAAAACUAUCCCAGUGGAUGGAAGUUAUUUUGCAUAUACAAGACAUGAACCGGUUGGACUUUGCGGUCAGAUCAUUCCAUGGAACUAUCCAGUUUGCAUGUUUGUUUGGAAGCUCGCACCUGCGGUUGCCAUGGGUAACGUAGUGGUUAUCAAACCGGCAGAACAAACACCGUUAACAGCACUGUAUGCAGGAGCUCUAGCUGUUGAGGCUGGAUUCCCCCCUGGAGUAAUAAACAUUGUUCCUGGUUAUGGACCAACGGCUGGGGCUGCGAUAUCUGAUCAUCCGGACAUCAAUAAAGUAGCUUUCACCGGCUCUACAGAGGUUGGUCAGAUCAUCAUGCAGGCCGCAGGAGCUUCCAACCUAAAGAGAACAACUCUAGAACUGGGAGGGAAAAGUCCAAAUGUCAUAUUUCCUGACGUCGACAUUGAUGCAGUUGUUGAUUUUGCAAACGAGGCUGCAAUGACGAACAUGGGUCAGUGUUGUAUUGCGGGGUCAAGGACGUUUGUACAUGAGGACAUAUACGACGAAUUUGUCAAGAAAUCUGUGGAAAGGGCAAACAGACGAACUGUGGGUGACCCUUGGGAGAAUCCAGAAAAUGGACCGCAGAUUGACGAUGUGCAGUUCAACAAGAUUCUGGGUCUAAUCAAGGCCGGACAAGAAGACGGUGCUAAAUUAGAAUGUGGUGGUGGUCGCUGUGGUGACAAGGGUUAUUUCAUACAGCCGACAGUGUUUAGUGGCGUUCAGGAUAACAUGCGUAUUGCUAGGGAAGAAAUAUUCGGACCAGUUCAGAGUAUUUUCAAAUUCAAGACGAUGGAGGAAGUUUUGGAGCGGGCUAACGACACGAACUAUGGUUUGGCAGCAGCCGUGUUUACUAAUGACAUCAACACGGCUAUGACGUACACCCAGGGUAUUAGAGCCGGAACCGUGUGGGUCAACUGUUACGAAGUAGUAAAUGCGCAGGCGCCGUUUGGUGGUUUUAAAAUGUCCGGUCUUGGAAGAGAACUUGGAGAGUAUGGUCUUAGUCAGUAUACCGAAGUUAAAAAUGUCGUUAUCAAGAUCCCAGAGAAAAAUUCGUAAAUUCCGUACAUACCCAGGAUGAAUUAUGUCUGAAUAUACGUAUGAUAGACUGAAGUUGUUACACGAACAUAUGUUUCUUUUGGUGCUUCAAUUGUUAUGUAUAUUAUUGUUAGGACGAUAACGGCAUUGUAAUCCUGAGAAGAGCAUUAGUCUCAUCUCCACACGCUAGACUAUUUUCAUCACUUUACCGUGUAUAAUUACUUUUGUUAAUAA